AUGACUCUCCUACGACCAAGCACCAACAAUACCACUCCUUCACAGAGCCAAUCUACUUCCUCAACCUUGGGAAUAUCAACACAAACACAACAUACUCAACCAGCCUCAGACAAAGAUGAGAUCUGGUCUACAAUCCUCAGAGGAGUAGCAUCAUCUAAAAUGGUUCCUACAAAGAAUGUCCUCAUUCUUGGUGAUCCUAAAUGUGGUAAAUCUACCUUGAUUCACUAUCUUAAACACGAUCCUGGACCACAGACACCAAAGUUGGAAUCAGACGACGUCCAACCUGGAACUUCUUUUGGUGUGUCUUCACAUCCAUACACAAUGACAGUAGACAAUCUAGACAAAGGUUCCAUCAGCACGCUUGCAUUAGGCUACACCUUUGUUGAUGUUCAAGAUGAAGAAAAUGAAGCCAUGGCACGUCUUGGUCUUUAUCAAUUGGGCUUGUCGUCCCCAGAAUAUCAACCUCUGUUGAAAUUUGCAUUGAAUUCAGACACAUUGGCAGACUCGUUUGUAAUUCUGUGUCUUGAUUGGACCCGUCCUUGGAAGUUUCUUGAGACAUUAGAGCGUUGGAUCGAUGUCUUGCAGCGAUCAAUACAGGAGAUCUGCAAAGAAGGGAGUGUAGGAGAAUCCUGGAGUCGUGGAAAGGCAAUUGUGGAUGACCUUCGCGAGAAAGUGGAGCAUUUCUUAAAGACUUAUUCAGAACCUACCGUCAACGCAGCCCCACCGGUGCCAUCAUCAUCUACCAACACUGCAUCAACUCCAACCACAACGUCUGUGCCUUCUACUCCACUCACCACAGGGUUUGUGUUGACUCCCCUGGUCACAACAACCACUGCAGCAGAUCAAGUGACACUCCCUUUGACGCAGGGAUGUUUAACUAACAAUCUCGGUGUCCCGAUGGCUGUAGUAUGCUGCAAGAGUGAUGCGAUAAACACAUUGGAACAAACCCAGGAUUAUGAUGAAGAUCAGUUUGAUUUUAUACAACAAACACUGCGUUGCAUUUGUAUGAAAUAUGGUGCUGCUCUUGUAUAUACUUCUACUCUCUAUCCUCACACCUUCCACAACCUGCGUCAGUACAUUCUACAUCGCCUAUUGACCAGAUCCACAAAAACCUUUCCAUUUUCUCUCAAGGCCCAGGUGGUUGAGCGUGAUUCGGUAUUUGUGCCGUCGGGCUGGGAUUCAUGGGGAAAGAUCCGGAUCCUCAAGGAAGGUUUUGAUUGUGAAGGUGUGAGUGCAGGCUGGGAUGCAGAUAUAGAAGCUGUUGCAGACAGGCAACAACCAGGCGAUCAUGGCGCAAGAGGGCUUUACGAAGAAGCUACGCCUAAUCCAGAUACAGGAGACAUGCCACUUAACAUUCCUCCAGUGGUUGUGUGUGAAGAUGAACAAGUGUUUUUGGAAAGACACUUUGAAACUCUUCAGCGCGCCCCAGAAAUCCAGAAUAGAAGCGGAACCGGUGCUGAUGCAUCAUUGACCCGUCCAAGUGUCGUAGGACCCCUGGGAAUUUCCUCGUUGGUCCUUGACACAGUCAAAAGUGAAGAUUUUGAAAAUGAUCUUCCAAGACAACGCAAGGAAUCACCAUUUGAUAAACUAACCCUAGGAAAGCUAUCUUCAAGUGGUAGUAAUGGUUCAAUUGACAGACUACAUGGCUUCGCAGGGUCUAGUGCUACAUCCCAAUCCCACCUUGGAUCUCCGGGCUCAUUGGGUGGCGGUAUGAUGGGCGAAGGUAUCGGUGCUGGAAAUGGUGGUAUCGGUGGCAUCAACAGCAGCAGCAGCAUUAGUAGUAGUAACAGCAGCAGUAGUGGAGGUGGACCUUCACAUGAAGUUUUGGCCAAUUUCUUCCAGUCUUUGAUAUCCAAAAAGGCUCCCUUGACCGGAGCGACUCCCCUGGCCGGUUCCCCCAAAGGGGGAUCCUCUUCUUCUUCCCUAAGCAGUCUUUUGGGUGCCCAAUCCUUGUCCAACCGCAGCGAAGAUGGUAAAGGACGUCCACCUCAAGUUAGUCGAAAAGAUGUUUACAAAGAAUUGGACAAGAUGCCUCAUUACACGACCAAGUAG